AUGAAUAUAAAUUAAUUAGACAUUUCUUUCAAUAUAUUAGAAGAAAACGAUGACUUAAAAAUUAUUUAAUAUUAGGUUCAUUUAAAUGGAAAUAUUUAUAAGUUAGAUGACAUAGUAUUUGCCAAUAAUUUUGGUUAAAUAAAGAAUUAUUCUGAAAAUUUAUCUUAGAAAGAAUUUUUAGCCUUUAUUGUAAAUCGAAGCAAAAUUAUUCCAAUAAACCUUUUUAAAAUAUGUGUAUCAAAUCUAAUAAUAAAUAAUGAAAAAUAUAAUUGCUUUAAAAUUAUUGAUGAACAAUAGCAAAAAUUACAUGAUUUAAUAUUAAAAGCAAAUUAAGAAUCCAUUUAAGAAUGUUACUAGAUAUUGAAUGUAUUUUAGUCUUAACUACAAAAAAUCGUAUAUUUACAUCAAAUAGUGAUGGUUGAUACUUUUACAAAAGUAGAAUAAAGAAUUCAAUUUUUAUAAGAUUGUAUAGACUUUCUAUCAAAAUAUAAGAAUUAAGAGGAAUCUCAUAUAAGCAAAUACAUUAGAGAGAAAAAAUUAUUUGCUUUAAAUGAUCUUUUUAGACUCUAGUCAAGUCUAUUAAGAAAAGAUUUAUGUUAAACAACUCUUUUUUAAUUGCAAUAGUAAUCUGCUUUUCUAGAAAACCUAGAUAUUCAAACGAGAAUAAUCAGAUUAUAAUUAGAUUUUAAUUAGGCAGAGUAUAUUUACUCUUUAAACAAAAAGGUUUAAAUUAAUAUGUAAAAUAUUUCAGGAAUUUUAUAAACUUUAAAACUAGUGGAUAUAUAUGAUAUAAACAAGAAAUUACAUUAAGUACCUGUAAUUCUAUAAAAUGAUUCAGAAGUGAUCUUUUAAAUUAAUGAUUAUUUAAUAAAAAUAAUGUAGAUCCUAUUUGGAAGUUUAUAACUCUAAGAGAAUUCACUAUUAGGAGAAUUGCUUUAGCAAUAUAAACAAUAUUUUACAGCUGUUUGUAAUUUAUAAAUUCGCUAUACUUACCAUAUUUGUUUAAGUCUUACUUUGUAAAAGCAAGAGGCAUUAGAAAAUAGUUUAAAGGCAUUUUAAUUGGCAUUAGAGAUUAAUGACAUAAACGAUAUAAUUGAGAUAUUUAUAAAUACUUAACUUUUAUAUAUAGAAACUGAUUAAGAGAUAGAAGGAUUGAAAUUUAGCUAAUAAUUUAUUAACAAUUUUGGAAGUUCAAGUAUGUUUAAUAUUAUUUUUAAUAUUUAGAAUUGAAACUAAAUCAUAAAGCUGAAUAUAAAUAAAUAUAAGAUAACAUGACUUAUAUGAUGGUGAAGUAAAAACUUAAUGAUUGA